AACAAACCAAGGACUGUUCAUUGACCAUUCAUCUCGGAUUGCUCUCCUGACUACAUCGUUGGCUUGCACGGCAAAACAUCGCUUGCAACAAUUGAGAUGAUAAGAUACUGCCGUCAACCAAGGCGGCUCAACCCCUCGCACUCCCACGUUCGACGUUCGGGGACUCGAGGUACCAUUCAGGCGACGAUCCCCAUUCGCCGCGCCCCGACGACAUUCUUGAAAUGACGAGAACCCGCCGCUGUGGUUGGACCAUAUACGACAUAUAUAACCGCGCAUGAUCCGUACACCAAACCAUACUUACUGCACCUUCCUACUCCAGUCCUCGCUCUCCUCCACCUCCGCCGCCAUCAGCACUUGGCUAGAAGGAUCCUACAUGAUGCAUUGCUUUUCACACUUUACAAACUGCUCUUCCAUUGGACUGUCUUGGCCUCGGUCAGCUCUCGAACUCUAUUUGCCGUUCUCUGCCCAUCCCUCCAACCUUCACUGUGUGGCCUUGCUGUGUGCAAUGGUUCCGAUGGCAUAUGUGCGUUGCUUAAUCCAUGGCCCCCGGCUUGGGAUGUUGGCUCAAUGAGGAGGCAUGUUCCGGACGGGAUGGCUUUUGCGGCUUGACGGCCGAACCAUGCUUGGUCAGAUGGGUUCUGGUUGAAGCAUGUUGCCCACUCGUGGAGCUUCGUAAACCGGCCAACUGCCCGCGUAGCAGGACAAACAAGAUGGAGAGUUGGUUCUUACCUCCUGAUCCAAUAUCGGAAAGACAAGGGAUCGGAUAUGAAUGAAAGCCAGGACGGGCUUCGUCAGCUUUCCAGCAGGCGCCUCCAUUGUUGCCAUCCUAACUUCCUGCGGGUUGUCAGUGGACAUUAAAAGUGCUUUGGAAAACCAUUCAAACCGGGUCGCAGUCUCCUUCAACAACCGACCUUGAGGUUUUGCAUCGGCACUCGUGGCUCCCAUUCAAGUCGCCAUUAUUGGCCGCUACAGUUUGCCAUCCGAUCCAUGUUAGAUAAAGGAUAUUUAUCGACGCCUUGAAUCUCAACUUCUCCAAGGGUGGACGUCUUCACUUCCUCCUACAAAUACCCGGCUUGUUCUCAACCUCAUUUGUGUACUUCACAUCCUCUUGUCUCUAAUUAUUCAGGACGCCCUGAUAUUGCUGGACCACAUCAGGCACAUCCACUUCCUCACUCUUCAUAAUGGUCAUCAACACAUCUGGGCCUGAAUUGCCCAUCCGUACCCACGAUCUGCCAACCUCAACCUUCUCGCACAAUGGCUCCCUCGAAGAGAGUUACACAAUUCGAGAAGAGCCUCUUGGCACGACUAAGCAUCUCCGGAUCGUCGGCAUCGGUGCCGGUGCAAGCGGGUUGAACAUGGUCCGUACCCUUCGCUUGAAUCUUACGGACUACGACUUCGUCAUCUACGAAAAGAACCAGGAUGUGGGUGGGACCUGGUUCGAAAACCGAUAUCCUGGCUGCCGAUGUGAUAUCCCAAGUCACAACUACCAGUUCGCGUGGAAGCCAAAGCAUGACUGGUCCAACUUCCACUCCUCAGCCGACGAGAUUGGUGGCUACCUUCGCCAAGUAUGCGACGAGGAGCAUAUGCGGGACUCGAUCAAGACCUCCCACCGUGUGGAAUUUGCGCAGUGGGACGAAGAGAAAGCACGCUGGGACCUGAUGGUACAAGAUUUGACGACGGGCGAGCACAUCAAUGAUUAUGCCGAUUUUCUGUUGGAUGGAACAGGUAUCCUGAACAACUGGAAAUGGCCCGAUGUUGAGGGCCUUUCGGCCUUCGACGGAGACUUGAUACAUACCGCCAACUGGCCAAAGGACUUUGACGCCGCUGGAAAAGUAGUUGCUGUCAUCGGCAAUGGUUCGACUGGAAUCCAAGUUGUGCCGGACCUGCAGAAGAAGGCAGAGAAGCUGUACCAUCUCUUUAGAACGCCCACUUGGGUCCUCCCGCCACGGAUAAUGGCGUGGAAGAUGAUGGGUCAGAAUAAGGAACUCCUGGAGAUACUCGGCGAGAUCGGGAUCGAUGCCCAAGAAAAUUUCUCGCAGGAGACGAUAGAGAGGUUCAAGUCCGACCCCGAGUUCUAUGGCCGUUUCGUAAAGGCUGUGGAAAAGGAAGUCAAUAAUGGUUUCCCGAUGGUUCUGGCAGGAAGCCCACUACAAACUUUUGCUCAACAAAAGGCGGAGCAAUACAUGAAGUUGAUGCUUAGAGGGAACAAGGAGCUUUGUGAAGCAUUGAUUCCCGACUUUCCGCUAGGAACGAGGCGAUUAACCCCUGGUCAAGACUAUCUCCAGGCGCUCACCAAGGAGAAUGUCGAGGUUAGAAGAGGAGGGAUCAGACGCUUUGUUCCAGAGGGUAUUCAACUGGAAUCUGGCGAAGUGAUCAAGGUCGACGCAAUCGUUUGCGCCACCGGCUUCAACACAUCUUUUUGCCCGCGGUUUCCCAUCGUCGGGCGCAAGGGAAAUCUGCAAAACGAUUUCAGGGAUGAGGUUCCCAAGUCUUAUAUGUCUUGCGCCAUUGCUAACAUGCCCAAUUACUUUGUCUUCUUAGGACCUAACGCCCCCAUCGGUCACGGCAGUGUUUUCACGCUAACCGAGCACAUCGCCAAGUACAUCACCCGAAUCAUCAAGAAAUGUCAGACGGAGUGCAUCAAGACCAUCUGCCCUUCCCAGGAUGCGAUCGAUGACUAUUUCGAGCACAUCUCGGCUUUCAUGCCCCGUACAACGUGGAGCGCCCAGGGACGGUCGUGGUUCAAGAAUGGUCAGGAGGACGGACCGGUCACGGCGUUGCAUCCGGGAAGCCGUAUACAUUUCUUCCACAUGUUGGAGAACUUCCGGGGAGAAGACUGGGAUUAUAUCUACGACGCGCCGAAGAAAAACCGGUUCUACUACCUCGGGAAUGGGUUCUCGACAAAGGAGAAGGGGGAUACGACGUGGUAUCUGGAUAACCCGGAUUCCAAGCUGUGAAUGGGUGAAGGAGGCAUCGGGGCGAGAUGUGAGAACGGGUUGGGCAUGGGGAAGACCAAAAGGCACUGCACAGUUUAACAACAAAGGAGCGGCGGCGGCAGACCGUGCAAACAACCUAGGUUGUUUAGCCUCUUUGUAUCUGUCUGAUGGCGGCUGUUUUAAAGCACAACUAAACCGUUGUUGUCAACGUGUAAAAACGGUGAAAUAGACAAAGUAACAAUUGUUAGUGUAGAAACCAACAGAUUGUGACCAUCCGGAGCGGACGCUUAGUAACCGUGAGGACAGCUACCAAACCCCUUCGCUCAAAACGACUUUCCGUUGGCGCACAGAAAGGGUUGGGGGUCUCUUUUUCUCCAGAUCCUGUCCCAUCCUAUAUCCCA